ACGUCACCUCCUGCUAACUUCGAACUGCGGAAACUUAGCAAAGAGUUUAUGCGAGUUGGUGACACAACAACGUCUGAAGUUUAUUUAACUUUCCUAAAGAUUUCGGAUUAUACAUGACAAAAGAAGUGCUUGCAGCAGCAGCUACCCCAGCAUUUCGACCCAGCAGCUGCCACAGGGGCACAAGACCCCAGCCAACCCAGACAUCCAGCACACUACACAUGAUAGCUCAGUACCCUGUGGUGCUGCAGACACACUGACGGUAUACACAGAGGCCACACAACAUGGCAGAGCCAGGGGCAGGGUUUGACUCCCGUGGCAUGGGACUGCGGGUACAGAAGAACCUCCUAGGCAAGAUGUCCAGUAAGUCCAUUGCCAAGGUGUUCAUUGACGACACAACAGGGAGGGUGCUGGACAACACUCACAGGAUUGUCAGAGAUUACGCCAGCACAAAGAAAGAGGCGGAGAAAAUAAUGAAGUACAUAAUUAAAACAGUCGUCAAAGUGGGGAUUUUGUUUCGUAAUGAUCAGUUCAACGCAGAAGACCUGAAAGUUGUUGAAAGCUUCAAAACCAAGUUUCAUUCGCUGGCGAUGACAGUUAUCAGUUUCCAUGAAGUUGAUUUCACCUUUGAUGUGAGUUAUCUGUGCAAGACACUUGAGGAAUGCAAAGCAUUGCUCCAAAAGCUCAUAGCUCGGCAUCUCACUGACAAGUCCAAGACUCGAGUGGACAUUGUGUUUAACUUCUUUGCUCAGCCUGAUCUAUUAAAUGCUGUUUUCCAGUCGGAGAGUAAAUACACGGAAACGUUUGAUGCUAUAGUUAAAGACAUGCACAAGAUGAUGGAUGAUGGCAACCUAUAGGUGAAUCGUGCACAAGAUGAACUGUAGAUGCAAUAGGGGUGCAAGGAUACCGCUCCACGUGGUCGGCCUUCUCUCAGGGACUGGGCACUUAGUUAGGUUGGUAGGCAGGGAGUCUUUGUCUUCAAAUGUACUAAGAAAAUAGUCCUUCCUUAAAUUUUUGGCAUUUCUUUGGGGCAACACUUCCAACUUCUUUCAACCCUCCCCUUGACCCUCUCAGGUGUAGUAGUAACCAUCCAGUUAUUGUUUCCAUGCUUACAAUCAAUAUACGACCAACCAGUCUCUCAGUUUUCCAAGCCUAGCAAGGUACACUUUGUUUCCCCCUAUCAUUACUCUGUAGUUCUUGACUGGACACUUCAAUGUUGUGCUGUACACGGUUUGGCAGUAUCCUUGUAUCCCUUGGUAUAGCAAGCUAUUUUAUAGUUGUUGUCUUGAAGUAUUGUACAAACUAAUUUGUACAUUUGUAUGCUUCAUUUUGAUUCUUGUCAGAACAGCAGCUUUGUUUCACAUGGAAGAUUGCUUAUUUUACCAUUGUGUUCAGCAAAGACUUGUCAAAAUGUUUGUGCCUUAUAUUGAAUGAAAUAAGAAAUUAUGAGAACCAAGUGACGAGAACCUUGGAUGUGAACAGCUGAUCAUCAUAUGGAGUGAUUGAUAAGGCUAAUACACCUGUAAUUUGUUCUAAUGUGGUUCUAACUCAUCCAAUGCCCAUAUGUCACAACUGAUCAGGUUAUUCAUUUAAAAAGAUUGGGACCAUAUUUAUUUUUGGCUGGUAUUUUUCCAUGAAAUUAAGUUCAUGCAACAUAACAUUUUCACUGGUUUUAUUUAGAAUGUUUAUCAAGAAUGACGACAAUGUGAAUGACUAAUUCUUCAUUCGCCUGGAUGGGAUAUGCAAAUUGAAUCAUCACUGUUAGUGUCUUGUUCCAAAUACACACACCAGGCACAUUGAUUACUGGAGUAUAUCAGAACAGUAGAAUACAAGUCUGCUUUCCAGCAGUGUAGUCGUUGCCGUGUGUAGCAGCCGAUGUACAUGCUUAUCAUAUAUACCUUGAACUACAUCCUGAUCACAUGCCUUCCCUAGUCACACAAUAGGUGGCUGUGUUGUAAGGAUGGUACUCCAGUAACUAGCGUGGAAAUCUGGGGUGGGCAGGCAGCCCCAGGUUAUGUUGUUCACUUUGAGGCUUGUUUUUGUCUGAUCUUUUGUUGUCAUGCAGUGUGUUUAUUUGUUCCAUGUGACUGAGAACCAGGAAUAGUAUUUCUACAUCAGUUUCAGCAGGAGUAGGAGGAUGGGGCCAGUCCUGGACCUGUUAGUAAGGCUGGUACAUCUCUUGUUUUCCAACUCUAAGUCAAAGGGGCUGUUGUUUAGGUUAUGUACCCUGGCCAAAUCAGGAUUCAGGUGUUUGUAUGCUCAGCUGGCCACUACAUAGCCCUUGAGCCACAAGACUAGUCCAUUCAUCAGUGCAUGACACUGACUCCUCUGUGGAUGGCAUCAACCAUGGUUGUGCAGGUUGAGGAAUCAUGUACUGAUACAAUUGUGUAUCAACACCACUGGUACCACAUUUUAACAGCAGUCUAUUUCUGCAGCAUGCAAGACUUCACAUGUGAAACCCAAACCAGUUUCGUGCACUGUUUAAUAAUUUCGCCCAUCUGCUUUAGUGUGUGGUGCAGUGUUCAGCUACAGUACAUUCUGUAGUACACAAUGCGACACUGACACCAACCCCUUCAGUGCCACAACUUUCAGUUUACUUGAGGUUUAUUCAAAGAUUGACAUCUAUGCAACUCAUAUCAUUCAUUUUCAUAAGUACGCAGGGCAGCAUUAACUCUUUAUAUCACAUGGGUAGGAUAUUAGGAAUAUGUGCCAGUCAGUGUGAAAGACCGAAAGCACUUGUCACAAAGAAAGCAGGUAUGUUUGUACAAAUUAACACCAAUGUGCCAAUACUUCAUCACUGUAAUGAUGAUUUGUACAUUCUAUCCAAAUACAUUUGAAAAGUUCUGGUUGAUUAUGAACAAAUCUUACAGUCCUGCACAAAAGCUGCUUGUACAACUGCUUGCCAUGUUGUUUCCAGGCAGAAGUGAUGAAAACACUGGGCACCAGUCCACUAUAAGUGAUCAUCGCAUUGUGACCAAGUCAGUGUUCAACAUCUUCAUGGUUAUUAAGAUAGCGUUGUGGGACAGGGCCCUGAUGUGGUUGGAGACAUGUGACAAGGGUACGUUCCAUAUGAAGGUCUCAAUAUGGCACUCGGUGUAGAAUGCUCACAUGUACUCCCUUGUUGUCCUCACAGUUGUCCGUAUUGUAGAGGACAGCUGGCAUGUUCCUGUCUACCCAGCUGGCAUGUUCCUGUCUACCCAGCUGGCUCUCAAGACAGGGCUAUCAUAUCUGAUGCAGUUAGCUUCACAGGGAGUGAAUUAUCUUGGUAAUAACUUGAGAAGUUAUUGGAAAGAUGGAAGUAAUGUGAUAAGUAGCAAAUGAUAUGCAGGUUGAAUAUGAUGUAUUAAGAUGAAACCAUAUCAGAAUAGCAAUAUUGAAAACAGGAUUAGAUGUAUUUUAGUGCUGCAUUUUGAAGAUACGAUGAUGAGCACUGGACAGCAUGGAUCAUACUUUGCAUGCAACCUAUUUAUAGUAACAUGAAUUUACUGGUAGUUAAAGCUUAUUCAUUAUGUAUUCUACUUAUUCUUUCUCUUAACAUUUUUGUUUCAUAACAUUACUAUUUAAAUCCUUAUGUUGACUAACAUGCAUGUAUUUGUAAGUAUGCAUCUUUUGUGUAAGGUAUGUUUACAAGAAAUGUUUGUUGAUAUGAUACAUGUAUUGCAAAGUGUUCACAGAAAGAUAAUCUUGCUAGCCACGUGUACAAAUUUCAAAAUGGCACAGAUGCAGGUUCAGGGUACUAAAACAUUUUAGAAUUCUGCCAAUUUUGUAUUUCUUGCAAGUUUCGUUAUUAUUAGUGGUAUAGGUAACUUACAGUGUUUAUUUAGUGCUAAUUAGACUAAACAACAGAGUUGGGAGUAUUGAUGCUUCUGUUUGUCCUUGCAGGCAAAUAGAGAAAUAUCUUAUAUUGAAUCCUGCUGUUUUGAGACACAUGUAUAUUUGUCAUAUUUUGUGAUGUAAUCCUACAUGGUGUGUACUUUCCAAUGUUUGAAUUUAUACUGCACUCUCUCUCUCCUCUCCUCACCCAAAGUGCUCACAGUUAGUGUGUAUGACACCUGUAUGGUAUUCACCAUAGUGUUAGUUAAAGGGAUGUCUGUAAAAAAUGUGGUUUCGUAUAUAGAGGUUUCCCUUGUCAGUCAGUGUAGUGGCAUUGUUCAACAGGAGUAGAAAAACUACUGCAGUUCAGUAGCAGGGUGAUUUGUCAGGUUUAUUUUCAAACACCCAUGUAAGCUGAAUCUAAUAGUGUGUUAGAUGAGUUCAUUUCAGGAACAGUUUGCUUCAAGAUGCAGUAUGUGAGAGUUGUCCAUCAGUGUUGGGUAAUGGCCUCGAGUGUUGGCAUGAACAAUGGUCAGACCUACACUUGUCCCUGUAGGUGUGUGCUUUGUGGAUGUAAAGACCUAUAAGACUCAGAUGUUUGGUAAAAAUGAGUGUGCUACUUCGGGUUUUGACUGCUUUCUGUACAAAUAAAUACUACCUACUUCCAGUCGCCAUGAUCUUGAAUUCUGAAACCAUAGUCUCUGCAUUGACCACAUAUAAUGUCAACUCUGUACUUAAAUUUAGACAUCGCAAAUUAGGAUAUACUUUCGAACUAAUCUUGCAUGUUGUUGCAUCAAAGGUUGAACAAGAAGCUUUGUGAUAAACAUAUGAUAUAUUCCACAAUAUCAUUGCAUCUUAUUUCAAAAUUGUAAAUAAGCAAUGAUACAUAUGACAGAAACCAGUGUGCUUGCUGCAAUCAUGACUGUCGCUUUUUGCUUGUCAGAUUGUCCUGUUUUUAUACAUAACCCCAGCAUCUAGCAUAUGUUGUGCUGAAGAUCAAAAUGUGCUGAUGAAUUUAAAUACAACAAAGUGUAUAUUUCCAAGUGCUCACUGAUAUUCCUGUUACUCAUGUGUUAGCUGUGUCUAGUUGUGUCUGCUGUAGGUAGAGAUCUCCAAGGUCUGCCCCUUCAUGGUGGUCAUGUUCUCUGGUUGAUCUACACAGGACCAACUGUAUAUACAAUUGUACAAAAUAAAGCUUUCUAAAUAUUA